AUGAAAAAUUCUAAAUCAGAUAUACAGAAUAUUUAUUAUGACAUAUUUCGAAAAGAAUGGGUUUUUGAAAUAGACAAAAACAAAAUCUGUCACAAAAAAUAUUUCUCUGGAGCUCAUGAAGACAAAUCUGUUUUUAAUUCUACUUCAUAG